GCCACUAUUUGACUGGAAGAAAAAAACCAGUGGGGAGGUAGAAGAGGAAGGGGAGCCCAGAUCUGAAAGCUCUUUCUCUCUGUGUUGAGGCCUUUUUUUCUUUUUUUUUCUCAAUCUAUCUUUCUAUCACUAAGCACUCAACAAUGUCUUAUCAUUGUAAUCAGUGAGAGAGAGAUAUAAGUACAUAAAGAGUAGAAUUAGAUAAAUACAUACAUAUACACACAUUGAAAACUCCGAAAAAAAAAUCAACUCUGGCUCAAACUCAACAUCAUUAUUUGAUCUGACUGUUUCUCCAAAAUGCCACGCCCCUUUUUCAACAAGCUUAUUCUCUCCACUACCCUUCAGGACAAGAAACUGAGGAUCCCUGAUAACUUUGUUGAGAAAUUCAGGGAUGAACUUUCUGUUGCUGCUGCCCUCACUGUUCCUGAUGGUCAUGUUUGGCGUGUAGGAAUAAAGAAAGCUGACAACAAGGUUUGGUUUCAGGAGGGUUGGCAGGAAUUUGUAGAGCGUUACUAUAUCCGUGUUGGCUACUUUUUGGUUUUCAGAUAUGAAGGAAAUUCUGCUUUCAGUGUUAGUAUAUUUAAUUUGUACAACUCUGAAAUAAACUAUCAGACUAAUGCUUUCGUUGGUACUCAAUACAAUCAUGGAAAACAAUAUCCAUUUGAAGAACUUGAAGAUGAUGAAUGCAUCUCUCCAGCACUGCAGAAUUUGUUUGGUGGGUCUAAACUUAACAACUGCGUAAACUGGAGUGGUGAAGUCAACCUUCACACAUCAAAGGGUGUGAACAAUCAACCUAUUCGAGUGAAAUUGCAUUCUUCAGGAGCAGAGCUACCAAGACCGAAAAAGCCUGGGAGGAAAAAGCGGAAGUUUGAUCCCAAUGAACAGGAUUCAUCUGCUGGACAUGAAGAUGAUGUAGAAACACGCUUUAGAUUUUAUAAAAGUGCCUCUGCCAGAAAGAGAACUGUGACAGACGAAGAAAGAGAGAGGGCAAUUAAUGCAGCCAAAGCAUUUGAGCCGACUAACCCGUUCUGCAGGGUUGUCUUGCGACCAUCAUAUCUAUACAGGGGAUGUAUUAUGUACUUACCAUCGUGCUUUGCUGAGAAUCAUCUAAGUGGGGUUUCAGGAUUCAUUAAACUUCAGCUUCCUGAUGGGAAACAGUGGCCUGUGCGAUGUCUUUAUAGAGCAGGCAGGGCUAAGUUCAGUCAGGGAUGGUACGAAUUUACAUUGGAGAAUAAUUUGGGGGAAGGAGAUGUCUGCGUCUUUGAGCUGCUCAGAUCAAGGGAAAUUGUGCUCAAAGUUACACUAUUUCGUGUAAUGGAAAGCGCGAGACUAAUGCAUCAGUCUCAAUGAAAUGCCAGCUGAGUUAAAUCAGCUAGAGUAUAGUAGCUGGAAAUUUCAGGAAUGUCAAAACUCUGUUAACUCACUCUUACAUUUCAGGUGGUGUGUAACUGAUCUGGGUCCCUAAGAAAUUUAGCUGCUGUGCCAUUUUGAUGUCCAUAAGCUUUAAUGGAACUGUUAGCUGCUUAGGAGAGUGGAUAUCAAAAUUUUGUGGCAUGACUAGGUCUGUAAAUAGAUUCUCCAAUGAAGUUGAUGUUGAACUGGAUUGGAAAAAUGUGUCUUAGACUUGUCUGUUUGAUUGGUUUCAAUUUUUCAUUCACUUCUUGGCUUGAAUUCCUCUUGCUGCUUUCAUCCUGCAGUCUUAUAAAUUACUUCGACUUUUUCCUUCUUUGUAUUUUUUUUUCCUCCAGGUUUUGUCACUGAUUUGCCGUACUGUAGUAUCCAGGUUGCAAAGUGAAAUCCAAAGUUAUAUUAUUACACGAGCAAGAGUUGAUUGCGGAAAAAUCAAUCAAAAUAGCAAUAAAUGAUGUUGUGGGGUUUAAGUUCUCAUCAUUUUCAAUUUUUGUAGAACAAUUUUCAACUCAUUUGACCCUUCUAGUCUUAAUCACAACUGAUCUGAAGAACAUGUUGAAAAAA